CAUGCAUAAUCGGGCCAUAUUUCGAUUUAUCGGUCGAAAAUCGCGGUUCAUUCGCUCACAUUGCCGGAAAUCUUUCUGUCACAUCUGAAUACUACUUUUCUUAUCAUAGAAAAUGACCGACAGCGUGUGCUUAAAAUUAAAUCGUGUCGGAAGCCGAACCAGGAAUCUUUGCUCUUGAUCCAACUUAUCUUCUGCUGACCACCACAAACAUGCUUGUUCCUACCACCAAGACCAUCAUCCUCAUCACAGGCGCCAAUAGCGGCUUAGGUUAUGAGACGGCAAAGGCACUCUUCUCACGUCCAGAGCCUUGUCACAUCUUGAUGGGUUGCCGGGGUUCCUUGACUCGGGCCGAAGAUGCGAUUGCUCGUUUGAGAAGUCUCAUUCCUUCCAGCAGCUCCAGCGCUGAACCGCUUUCCAUCGACAUAUCGUCAGACGAGUCUAUCACCUCAGCCUUCAAAUUUGUAGAGCAAAAGCACGGCCGCGUUGACGUGCUGGUGAAUAAUGCCGGCCUCGAUCUAGACAUGGCUGUGAAAUCGGGCCAAAUUUGCGCCCGUGAGGGUUGGAAUCGGACGUAUGAUGUGAAUGUCACAGGCACUCAUCUGUUUACGCAAGCAUUUGCUCCUCUGCUGCUCGCUUCACCGGCCCAACAGCCGCGUCUGGUGUUUAUCACCAGCGGCUUGUCAUCUAUUUCCGAGCACGCAGCUGGCACCAGCCCCAAGUAUGCGCAGGCCCCAGCGGGAUGGCCGAAGCCUGAAACCCCAUGGUAUGCAUACAGAGUGAGCAAAACGGCAAUGAAUAUGCUGGUGGCUGAGUGGGCUCGUCUUUUGCGAGACGACGGUGUGGCUGUCUUUAAUGUAUCACCUGGGUUUCUCAACACGGGCCUUGGUAACGACAGAGCUACAGGGAAGGAGGUGAACAAGGCUGCCAUGGGAGCCCUGAAUCCCGUUAUUGGAGCGGAAUUCUGCGCAGAUGUCAUUCAAGGCAGGAGGGACGAGCAAGCCUGGCCUACGAAGGUAGUUAGGAAGGAUACGAUACAGCCUUAUUGAAGAGCACACAUAGCC